CGUGAAGGAGAUGGAUAUAAAGAGACCCCGAUGGUUCAUCCUUCACAAUCCACCUGUCUCUCUCUGCUGAGUCCUGAACCUCCUAGUCCUCUCGCUUUGCCUGGAAGACCAAGACAGCACCAGUGACCUUGUGAAGCCACAGAAGAAGAGAUGAAAGCCACCAUGUUCAGCCUCAUCAAAGUCCUGCUGCUCCUGAGCCUGCUGGCAUCGCUCUCCAGCGCCCAGAGGCCUCGGACAAACCGUUGUCUGUGUUCAUCCCUCCGAAAAUCUGUCGGACAAAAUUUACAAAUGAUCAACUUCUACGAAGCAAACACUUUCUGUGACACACUGGAGAUUGUUGUGACUAGGAAGGAUGGAAGGCGGUUCUGUCUGAAUCCCAACUCCAGAGACGGUCUCUACCUUCAAAGGAGGAAUAAAGACUCAACUCCUAGUUCUACAACCCCCCCCCAGUGAAGCCUCAACAGAGUGGUUUAAUCCACACGAACACGCCACUGAAGAAAACAAUGUCAAAGCACAAGGGUUACUUGUCUUUGUUGUAUUUUAGAUAAGCUAUUUUGUUCCAUAGGCCAAGUCUACUUUUUUUAUAUCGUGCAUUGUGUGUAUAUAACGUGUUGUACUAUAGUCCUUCUUUGAUCUUUAAUGUAUAAUAAAAUGAUGAAUACAUAA